AUGACCUCUGUAAUCCUCGUGAGCCCCAUCGCCUUCGGGCCAAAUCCGAAGACAAAGGACAACGCCUUUAUUCAGUCCAUGCACGUCGGCAACGCGAAGGCCGACAUGGAUCGCUCGCAAGUCUGCGCGCUUGUCACAGAACUAGAGUCUUUCUUCAAGGUGAACUGCGGCAUCCGAACCGUCAUCGUUCACCAAUCCCGCGAGCCGAAACUGUACCGGGUGCCGCUGGAGGAGCGCGGUGAGAGUGUCUGUCUCGCGGACAGCCUCUCCGUCCACAACGUCGUCGACAACAACGGCGUCAUUCAGCGCCACCUCGUUGUCUUUUACCCAAUGAACCCGCUCCGCCAAGGUGAGCUGGCUCCCAAGCAGCUCGUGAAACACAUCACCAAGGCAGCCGAGGAGAACGCCGCGAUCGAGUUGAUUGAUCUGCGGCCUUUCGAGGAGGAGGGCAAGUACCUGGAGGGGUCCGGCUCUCUUAUCUUUUCGCCCGGCGGCAGGUACGUGUACAUGGCCGUUUCUCAGCGUAGCCAUCCCGAUGUCUUGGAGGCGCUGUGCCGACCAGAGAACCUGAACAUUCCUCCUCAAAAUCGCUUUCUUCUGCGCUGCAAGAGCGCGGUACCGCACACGAACAUGCUGGGGUGGUGCGGCACGGGUAUCUGCGCCUGGGCCAUCAGCAGCCUUGUCUUCGAUGUGGAGGAGGAGGAGGUGGCCUUCUACGAUCACCUCGCCGCCGCCUACUCCUGUGUCCUUGAACUAAGUGAGGCGGAGCUGAACAAGUUUGCGGCGAGUGCGCUGGAGGUGCCUGUGCAGCCACAGAGUGAGAGCGCAGGCAACGCGCACUACGUCUUGGUAAUCUCAGAAACGGCCCUUGCGGGACUCACUUCCAAGAACCGUGAGCUGCUCAUAGACUGGUACGGCGAAGAGAAUGUGCACAUCUUCUACGGUGAAGUCCUUGAGCGCCGCUGCGGUACCUCGCUGCCUUCCUGCAUUGCCGCCUCCUACACACUGGGGUCUCGGCCGCCAUUGCCAUCGCAGCCGUCCACAAUUGAGGUGCUGCGGCUCGGUACCGAUAACUGA